GGCAGAUUAUAUUGACCUGUCAGAGUUUGAUCAGGGAAACUUCUGCUGCAGAUUCAUCCUCAACAGACCGCGGGACUUAGAGAAAGGCUCAAAGACAAUAAUGGAGCUAAUGACUGCUACCCCUUUCUACGCCAUGAACACAUCAAACAUCACUGGAAGAAACAACUCCUUGUAUGAAGACAAUGACGACAAGGACGAACAGGCUGAGCUGGAACAGUCUCUCAAAAUCAUGAUUCUCAUUUUUUUGUCCCUGGCCUUUGUUUUUGGUGUGUUCAUGAAUGGAAUGGUUAUCUGGGUGACCGGGUUCAAGAUGAAGAAAACCAUUAACACUGUUUGGUUCCUCAAUCUCGCCGUGGCCGACUUACUCUUCACGUCGUUCCUUCCCCUGAGUGUGACAUACAUCGCUCUGGAUUUCCACUGGCCUUUUGGCAAUUUUAUGUGCAGACUCAGAAGCCUUCUAAUAUUCUUGAACAUGUUCGCCAGUGUCUACUUCCUGGUGGUGAUCAGUGUGGACAGAUGUGUGUCUGUGGUGUGGCCCGUCUGGGCCCAGAACCAUCGAAGUGUACGCAAGGCUUCCUGCGUGAGUCUGGUUGUUUGGAUACUGGCUCUGAUUCUCAGCGCUCCAUACUUCAUCUACAGGGGCACCGUGUCAGACCCUUACAAUGAAGACAUCGUCCACUGCUUCAGUAACUUUGCCCUUUCUGACGACAAUGAAACACCGUCACUGAAUGAGCUGCGACAGUUUCGUAUUCAGACCAUGAUGAUCACCCGCUUCCUCCUGGGAUUCGUCGUCCCCUUCACUGUACUCAUCUCCUGUUAUUCUGUGAUCAUCCAUCGUCUCAGGAGGAACCGCACCCUGGCCAGCCAAUCGAGUCGCACCUUCAAGAUCAUCGCUGCCAUCAUCACCACUUUCUUCCUGUUCUCUGCGCCGUUUCACAUCAUGGCUCUCAUCGAGAUGGUUAAUUACACGGCGAUCCACUCGAGUAAAACAUUGGAUCACGUCACCACUAUCGGUUUCCCUAUAGCAGCCUGCCUGGCCUAUCUCAACAGCUGCCUGAACCCACUGCUGUAUGUGUUCAUUGGCAAAGAUCUUAAGGAACAAAUCUGCAAGUCCAUCCUGAACCUGUUGGAGACUGCCUUCCAGGAGGAAUAGACACACUCUUACACCAAGACAAAGUCAACAGACAGAGACAAGCAAGCUAGAAAUACUGAAGAAGUGUUGCACCCUGAAAAGGGGAGAUAUCAAUAAAGACGCUUGGACACAAUGUUUCCUCUCCGGCAGCUUCAUUGAUAAUGGCACCGUGGCCCGAGAGCUCCCCUAUAUGGCCUUUGCAGGUAUGACUAAUCAAUCACCAAAUGACACCGCUCAAACAGACUAUACCAGUAGAUCACAGAUUAUUUCAUCUGGCAGGUAGAAAUCCUGACUGUUUUAACAAAAAGGUUUUUAACUUUGUUAACCCUUUUUGUUUAAAACUUUGACCUUUUUCACAGGACUUUGUCCUUAUAGCUUAAAUAUGUUAACUCUUUCUAAGACUAUCAAAGAAUUCCAUUUGUUUUUAUGUCCCUAUGACUGGUUUUAUUGCCCAUUAAAUCUUUAUCAAUAAUCAGCUUCCUAAUAAAAUCAACCUAUCACAGAGGCGGAACAAUGUAUCAAUUCUGCUAGAAAAGGGAACUUAGUUUCUUCGUCUUUCACAUGCAUAGCAAAUUCUAAAGGUUCCUGUGAAAAAUUCUGAAAAUUAGACAUUAUAUUUGUUGUUUAUGGGUCAUCAUUUAGAUAUUUUAAUAACACAGUAAUGAUAAUAUUUUGAGGAAGAGCUGUACCCUAUAGUUAUGUUAAGCUGGAAUAUAAAUCUACAGUGUAAAAUAGUGCUGUCAACAAACAGGUUUAUAGAAAGUUAAUUUCCCACCUUCCCCCUCAUACUUAACCCCACCCACUGAUGCCAUUGUGUGUGUGUGUGUGUGUGUGUGUGUGUGUGUGUGUGUGUGUGUGUUUGUGUGUGUGAGUGUGAAAGAAACAUAUAUUUGUGACUGCUCCAUGUCCAUUGCAUGAUCUAAUAAAAAUGUUGUUCAGUUUGAGGACUGAUUCCUAAGAGACUAAUAAAGACAUACUUUACGUUACCAUUAAUUUAUCAUGAAUAAAGUAGCAGCUGUAUUGUAAACUUGCGUAGAACAGCUUCAUUUGACUUUGUCUUUUUUUGUCUUUUGAUGAUGAUGAUGGCUGUUAUUUUGAUACUUUUUUGUGACCACCAUUUUUUUCAGAAUCAAAACAUCAUCAGGUCUUGACCACCUUAUCUCUCAAAAUGUUCAUCUCAUUAUCACCUUUUAAUAUCACAUUUCACUGUGACAAAUAUGCUUUACUAUAUAAUUCCGCAAAUCACUGAUUAUAAGUUGCUUUUAUCAUGAUAUAUACAAUAAUUGAAUGUCUUUUUACAUAGGAAAAAUACUUUAGUAGAAUGGUUUGUGCAUAUUCAUGUCAAAUUUUUGCACUCUUUGAUUGCUUUGAUAUUCUCCACUGAUGCAAAGGACCGGCUGCUUUGAGCCUAAUAAAGACAUAUUUUUCUGACUACGACUUUGACAUUUUGUGAGGGUCUGUUAACUCAUCCUGAGAACGUGUAUUACUGUGUAGAAUCUCUUUGAUCUAGUGUCAAACACUUCAAUGUACAUGAUACAGGGUAAUCUCUCUGUGGUUAAAAGAAUUUUGAAAAACUAUCUUCAUAACAUUUACUGUGCAGCAGAGGGAGACAUUGUGCACAACAUCCAUUCAUUUUCUCAGACAGGAUAAUUAACUGGAGGAGAAAAUAAAGAAUAUCUUAAGUAUGUUUUUGCGCAAAAGACUGUAACUAUCAGGAUGUUGUUCAUGUUCUUAUUCCUGUCAUGUACUCCCGUGGGUAAAUUCAAUUUCUGAAAAGAUUUUGAAGGUUAAGGGAAAUAACGUGCCAUUUAGAGACUUGUUAUUUUUACAGUAUUUUGCUGUCAUUGAGAACUAUUAUAAAGUUGUGCGAGUAGUAUUCAGGAAAACAUCUGCUCUCACUUAACGAACUGUGGAACAAUCUCCCUGAGGAGAUCCAUCGGGCUAACUCCUCUUUUAAAUCUAUACUAUCUAUUCUAUUUCCAUUAUAAAUAAGAAUAAGAAUAUAAAUAAUAAGAAUAAGAAUAAGAACAAGAACAAGAACAAGAAUAAAUGUUGUGUUCAAGCUUGUUGAGAAGGAUAUGUAUUUUAUUUUAAUCUUCAUAGUUUGUAAUUGCUUUUUUCAUUAUUGUUAUUAGUAUCCUUCUUCUUCUUCUUCAUCAUCAUCAUCUUAUUAUUAUAAAUUUUUUGUCGUUAUUAUUAUUGCUUAAUUCAUACUGUGUUUUUUUCACUUCAUAUGUUUAAUAAAUUUGGUUUUAUUAUUA